CGACCCUUGAACGCAGCACACGUCACACAGGCGAGAAACGAACAGCUGAAUUUUCUCCCACAACUCAGGAGAGAUAUUUCUUAACCUUUUUAAACAGUUUGACAGUUUCCCCAUCAAUUCCCCCAAAAGCUACCGGACAAAAACUGACCACCAGAUAAACUUUUGGGGUUAGCCCCCCCCCCCAUCAGCGACUCUUCACCCGACCAGCUGUGGUUCAGGAUCAGCUCCGGUACAAGAAACCAACCACAUAUAACUCAUUUUAUAUGGAGGCUGUUUUGAACCGCAAACCAGAGGACUUGGAGGAUUACUACGGGUUGUUAGGAUGCGAUGAACUGUCCUCGACCGAACAGAUUCACAACGAAUACAAGAUCCGAGCCUUGGCCUGUCACCCAGACAAACACCUGGACGACCCAGGAGCAGUGGCAGAUUUCCAAAAGCUGCAGGAGGCCAAAGAGGUUUUGUGCAAUGAAACCAAAAGAAAGAACUACGACCUUUGGAGAAGAAGCGGAGUUACGAUUCCCUUUCAUGACUGGCAAGCACUGAAUGACUCUGUAAAAACUUCAAUGCACUGGGCCGUGAGAAAUAAGAAGGAGCCGAUGUUGGAGGCCUCGAGAGCAGAAAUCCCAGUCGCUUCCCCAGCAGAGGACGUUUGUGCUGAACCAAAGAUCUCGUCAGACGACGCCAUGCCAUCCUCAAGUGAUUUCUGCCACCGACGUUUCCGUUGGGCUGCUGACUCCCCGUCCAGUCUGCUGCGGCGGUUCAGAAACUAUGAAAUAUAAUAAACAAAUCAACAGUUUUAAUUGCUGUUUAAAUGUUUGUGUGUUGUUAAAACUCUGCUGUGAGUUCUUGUGAAUGUUGUCUCGCUGUAACGCCACUAAAACGUCCUUCCAGCUCUAAAUGUGUCCGUUGCGAGUAUGAAAUACUUUGUAAACCAAAAAUCAGAGAGCUGCUUAUUAAAGUAUAUGAAUAAUUUAUUUUCUUAUUAGUCUUUGUCCGUCGUUCACCAGCACACAGUGGAUCCUGCCUUUAAUGCUGUAAUGUGUCUUUCUGUGUGUCAACUUUAUGAUGUUUGAAACAUAAAACUGAAACAUGUCAAGUACAUUAUUUUGUUUAUGUUUAUUUUUUUUAAAACAAAUAAUAUCCCAUAUAUCAUGUUUGAUGUUGUAAAGUUAUUUUAAUGAAUCAAAUGUCAGAUGAAACCCUUAAAUCACGUCAAACCUUUUCUGUAAUGGUAAAAUGUAGUUUGCCAAAGUUUAAGUGUUUGCAGGUUUCAGGAGGAAGGAAGUUCAGUUCCUGCAAUGUGUUCACAAAGUGUUCAAACAACAAUGGAAGAACGAACUGUCCCAGUAAAAAUGGCUGCCGCACUGAGUGUCUUUACUUGCUGUAGUAAAAAACAGAAUUUUAUCAAUGACACAGAGGUUGGUUCACCUCAAUAUCCCAGAGCUGCAACAUAAUUAUAGCUUUUAUCAUAAGAAACAUGAUCAGCAUUUGGAGCAUAUUUCCAUUUUACAGCUGUAAAGUAAAUGGUUGGUUUUAAAUCAGUGGUUCCCAAUCUGGGGGUCGGGACCCCCACUACAGGUCACCAGAGCUUCACAGGGGAACACAAGGCCUUCUUGGUUUUAAGGGGUUGAAGAAAACCUAAAAAAUACACACAGUAGGCUUAUAUCUCAGCUUUUUUAAAUUAAAUUCUGUAAAUAAAACUAAAUGAAAUAGUUUUUUUUCUUUCUAAGUUAUAAAUUAUUAUUUAAGAUAUAAACUUUGAAGACAUGAACACAAGCUGAAUUCACAGAGCCUUUAACCUCUGAUAAACAUCCUCAUCCUGUAUUAGAAAAGUUCCCACAACCAAAGAGCUGAUAGCACAAGGAGAAUAAAACACUGAAUUUGUCAAAUAGAAGCCUUUUAAGUCUGAAUAAUAGUUAAAAAAACAAACAAAAACAUAAUAUACAGUUCAUAUAUAUUUAUUUACAGUUACUUAAAACAUAUCUGAAUAAAUGAUCUGCUCAAAAUUCAUCCAAAUCAAUCAUUGGACACAAACGUGCUGCAGUCACUGAGUUCUCUGUUUGGGUUCAUUGUACAGUUUAUAAACUGUUAUUGUUAUAUUAAAAUAUGUCACCCAGUCAGGGGCCCUUAAAGAAAAAGGUUUGCUGUAAAACUCUGUGAUCUUUAAACAUCCAUGUCUUUAAAUAGUAUUUACAAGAUAAGCACUGAACGAGAUACGGUAAAAUAAGUGAGAACGACUGAUAUGUUUUCUUAUCUGAAUCUGAAGGUUAAACUCCAGCUCACUUUCUUAAUUAACCUUUUCUGAAGCGAAUACAGCCUAGAAAUUAAUUAUGAACUUAGGAAUGAGUUAAUAUGUGUUCAGUAUAAUUACAGUGACUUUGUAUUUUUAGCAUUGUGCUUAUUUUAAAUCAAUAUUUAACAGAAACCUCCCGUAUUAAGAGAGGCCGGCUUACUUUAUAAAUGGAUCUCUGAGGAACAGUCAGAGUUACUUAACUAUUAAAACAUGAUUGUCUUUUCAUUUUAUUGUUGUAUUUUAUAUGUAAUUUUGCAUCUCAUGUGAGCUGUUAUGUCUUUUAUUUAUGAUGUCUUAUUUAUUCUCCUGUACAGCACUUUGGUCAACUUUGGUGGUUUUAAAGUGCUUAACAAAUAAAGUUGGAUUGGAUUGGA